AUGGUUACAAAAUGGGUUUUUACACCACAUUUACAGCAAACUUUCCAGUAAGGCUGGGCUCUCUCUGGCUAGUGCCUGUACUUCAAGGGUCGACCCUUGAACCCAACUCAUUUUUUUACAACUUAAAGCUGAUCCUGCUUUACAGAACAUGAAACACUGUAUACACAUCAUAAUAUUAUUAAACAUUCAUAACACAUUCAGUUACAGAACACUUCCGACCCUGAAUUGCAGUAACACAAGAUAAAAAAGGGCCACAACGAAACACAACUUUGAUUCUUUUUAGAAGCUGAGGGCCUCAUACUAUCCAAUCCAGGGCCAUAAAUAGCCCAUAGGCCAGACUUUGAACACACUUGUUCUCGAUUCUUUUCAUUUCCUCCUUGCUUAUUUACUUUAUUACACGAUGAGUGACGAUGUCAUAAAGUUGUCAUAUCACAUAUGCAUGUUGUCAUGUCUGAUCAGAAAGAUGAUCGUCACUGUUACUGCAACAACAAAUUGUAAUUUUCAUUCGCUGUGGAUCAAUUUAGCGUUUCCACAUCACUCUGCUUGAUGAGCUUAAUCCAUUUACUGGAACACUAACCUCUGUGUCACCUUGGAAAAAAAUGUAUGGAAAGAUAAAGUGACAGCUUGUUAACUCAUUAGCCAGCGCCAUCACAUUACUUAUGGUGGGAGAGAUGACGGCCAGAAAAAGAUUUAACGUUAUUGGAUUAUGUUUAACUGACGCCAGCUGUGGUUGUGGACGCCUCAUAUUGGAAGCAUAUACAGCAGACACACUGCUGGACGACUUUCUGCUGACGUACCCUGUCUUCAUGUCAACCUCAGACUUGUGUCAAGCCCUUCUGGGACACUAUUGCACCAAAGGACACAGAGGGAAAGAGGACGGGAAAGACGCUCUGGAGAGGAAACAGAAAGUCCUCCACCUGGUGUCACAGUGGGUGUCGCUCUGCAGAAACUUCCUGAGAGAUGAUGAGCAGGUCAAAGUGUUUAUGAAGACCUUGUACCGCUACAUGCUGGACGAUCUUUACGCGCACCCCGCCCUCGAGAUGUAUUUACGGGAGCUUCAAAAACUCUAUCAGCUGCACCGCAGACAAGUACAAGAAGAAUAUUCUCCUCAGAGGAAGAGCCGAGCACUUUUCCACCAAUUGAGCCUGAAGGAGAUGGCAGGGCUGCAGUCCAGAGACACACAGAGGGAGACCAAGGAAGUGCUGUGUCACGUCUACAUCACGCUGGACUCGUACCUGAGCUUGAGGGUCCACCCGGGCCUCCUGGCUCAGGAGCUGCUGCAGACGGUGGCCGACAGGAUGGAUGUCAGCGCCGCGGACCUCGUCCUGGUGGCCAUCACUUACCCUGGAGGUCGACUCCUGCUCCAGCCUCAGGACCGAGUCUUCUCACAGUCGUCACGUCUGGUGGGCCGGCUGCACGUGUGCAGGAGAGACCUCGGGGAAGCCCUGAGUCCAUUCACGGACAACACAGAGCUGCAGCAGAGGACGGCGCACUUGCUCACCUUAAACACGUGGGACGUCGCUGUUGCUCUCAGCAACGUGGACUGGAAUAUCUUUGUCUCCGUACACGAGCAAGAGCUGGUCUACUUCACCUUCAGCCGACAGACCAGCAGCAGCCAGACGGCGUCGCUCGAGCAGCUGCUGCAGCGCUGUGAUGAGAUCCAGCUGUGGGUGAUGACCGAGGUUCUGCUGUGUGCCACACUCUGCAAAAGAGUCCAGCUCAUCAAGAAGUUCAUCAAGAUCGCAGCCCACUGUAAAGCUCAGAGGAACCUGCACGGCUUCUUUGCCAUCAUCAUGGGCCUCAACACCGCAGCGGUCAGCCGCCUCACGCACACAUGGGAGAAAGUACCGGGCAAAUUUAAAAAGCUGUUUUCUGAGUUGGAGACGAUCACAGAUCCCUCCUUCAACCACAAGGCAUACAGGGAAUCCUUCAAGAAGAUGAAGGCACCAAAAAUCCCCUUCAUUCCUCUGCUAUUAAAAGACAUCACUUUUAUUCAUGAAGGCAACAAGACGUUUCACGACAACCUGGUGAAUUUUGAGAAGCUGCACAUGAUAGCAGACACAGCGCGCCUCAUCAGACAGUGCCAGAACGACCAGAUGGGAAACGGCGUGACCCAGAAGAGCAGCGCAGAAGCCAGAAGUUACAUCGACCAUCUUCACAUCAUUGACAAUCAGCAGACUCUGUUCGAGCUGUCCAACCGCCUGGAGCCUCGCUGCUAGGACUCGCCAGAGGACUGUGAAGACUCAGGACCAAGUCGGGCUCAUGUCAGGGGCCCACCACUGGAGGGCGCUGCUCCAUCAGGAACGUCUCGACAGAGAGCAGGUUAUAAAAAGAGGCACAUUUGCGGUUUGAAUUCAACACUAGUUUGCGUCGAAACAAUGAAACAGUCGAAACAAUUCUGCACAAACGUCUGCGAGAGUGAUCGAAAGUGACAGUCCAGUGUUGACCAGAUUCAGGCUGCUGCUAGUGAUUGUCUGCCGAGUGACAUACUGACCAUUUAUUCUGGGGUGUAUCCCGCCUCUCGCCAAGCGAUGUUCACCCCCAUGACCCUCAACAGCUGGAGCAGAAGGAAAGCUGCUUCUCACGUGAAGAAUAAACCAGUAGAGGUCAAAGAAAAAGCCAAAGAGAGGUUGCGUUUCCACGUUUUUUUUUAUUAUGUGUAGUUUCAACACUGUUUAGUUUAGCAUUUCAAAGUGCAGCUGCAGGUUGGAAUAAAAGUUCCAGUGAUACAGAGAAACUAAAUGAAUUUACCACCUUGUUAUUUACAGCUUCUCCUCCCACAGAGCUCCCUCGUGGAGAAACAAAGGGAAACCUGUUGAGAGACAAAACAAAAAAAUGAUUAUAAGAAAGGAAAAGAUUUCACAUAUGAAUUGAACAUCCAAAUCAGACCACAAGAACCACAUAUAUAGGUGAAAAUAACCCAGUGGCAAAGCAGACAAUCAAGUCAGGAGGCGUUUUAAACAUUUCCCAAAACACAGAUGUUUCGCUUCAUAAUUAUGAAGUGAGGAGGAAUUUAGGAAGUGUGCAACGGAAGUGAUGUUAUUAGUUCAUGUCAGCCAGUGGUCAUCAGGGAAUAUAUAUAUUGUAGAUUUAAUAACGUGUGAUGUCAUUCAGGCAUCACAAGAUGGCAUCAGUCUGCACAAGAAAGUAUCUGCUCAUCCCAUGCCGUCAUCUUAACAGUAGACGCCUGGACCGCUCUCAUAAUAUCUGUCUGUCGUUACAUCUCCUCCCGUUAAAACCUCAGGUCCUUGAAUUAUGAGAGUGAUGUGUGUCUGGUCCACCGUACCUUGACAGAUGUAGCAGAAGGCAGCAUCAGAUAGCAGCUAGUUUGAUUCAACAUCUCGCUACAGUGUCUUGUUUCCCUGCACGUCUCUUUAGGGUGAGUACUGUCGUGAUGAAACCAGCAAUAAGAACAUCCAAUAUGGCAGCAGGAAACAUGAAACAAUGUGUAUUUAGACCCAAGAUAUAGUCAUUCAUUUAGAUAAGUUGUUGGCAACAAGGAGACGUGAAGUGAUGUGGAAAUGUGCAAUUUAUUCUUUGUCAGAGAGGUCUUGUUACACAAUGCUGUUGCUGUACAUAGUGUAUUUCUACUGUAGAUACAUGUGUGAGACUGUCCUUCCUUUAGCUGAGGAUAUUUAUUUGCAAAUAUUUAUUUGCUGCCUGAGGAUUGUUUCUGACACGUGUCGGCUGGUCAGCAUGAACUGACCG